AUGGCGGCAAACACGGCGUCAGGUUUAAUCGACCCGAUGGUUGAUGAACAAAAUGGCGCUGUUAUGGCGGAUAGCGCUGCGGGCAGCAGUAAUAGGGACAAUGAGGCGCCGCUGAAAAGCUCGAACGAGAUGACUUUAAUGUUGAGCACUAUGGCAGACAUGAUGAAACAAAUGCAACAAUUUCAGUUAGAGGCGACACGUACAAACGUGGUUCAAAUGCAGGCAUUUCAAGCGGAAAUGGUCAGGAUGAACGAACUACAAAUGCAGACAAUUCAGGCUGGAAUCGAGAGAACGGGCUUACUGGUUGGUAGGGCAUUUGAACAUCAGCAGGCUAGAGCGGCAUCCCGUGGGAUGAGUCAGAAUGUGCCUGACGUGAUGGAAACUUUAAAGGACCGAUUCGGAAGACCUGAACAACUGGUAAAGAGUCAAAUUAAUAAUGUGAGAUCAUUUCCAAACAUUUCAGAAGAUAAACUAGAAAACUUGGUUGAGUUUGCUACGAAGGUGAGGAACCUGUCAGCUUUUUUGGAUGCGGCCAAUGCACGUCAUCACAUGUCAAAUCCAACACUAAUGGACAUUCUUAUUGGAAAGCUACCGGUGCAGCAAAGGCUCAGCUGGUCAAACUAUGUUAUGUCGUUAAAUCGCGAAGCGACAAUCAAGGACUUGAGCGAAUGGUUACAGACAAUGGCGAAAGUUGUAUAUGGGGCCUGUCUUAGUACUUCGGAAUCAACGUCCAAAAUAAAGAAGGAAAGAACAAGAAUGUUUCAUGCAGAUCAGAGACAUCAAACAUCGGAUUAUAUGGAAGCAAGAUGCAUUAUGUGUAACGGAAGUCACUGGCUGAGGAAGUGCAAUGGGUUCGCAAACUUGAAUCACGAUGAGAAAUGGCAGUUUGUACGGAAAAAGGGCUUGUGUUUUAAUUGCUUGCGUGAAGGCCAUUGCAGCGACAAGUGCAAAGUUCAAGUUAAAUGCGAAGUGCCAAACUGCAACAGACGCCACAAUACAUUGCUGCAUAUGGAGAAAGAACCGAUUGUCGUAGUAAAACCCAGCAGUUCCAAAGAGUUUUCUGGCACUGCAACAGAGAGCAAAGGCUCAACGCUUCUGUUCAAGAUACUACCGGUACGGCUACAUGCCAAGGGUCACACAGUGGAAUGUUUUGCUUUCCUUGACGAAGGGUCUGCUGUUUCUCUGAUGAAUGAGAGCUUGGCUGCUGCGCUCCAUUUAAAAGGCCCAAAGGAAGAUCUGACAUUACAAUGGUUUGGCAAUAAGCAGGUAACCGAAAGCACAAGCCGAUUCGAUGUGGGCAUAUCGGGAACAAAUGGCUACACAAUUUAUGAUCUAAAGGGCGUUCGAACAGUCAAAAACCUAAAGUUGCCCAAACAAACAAUAAAUAGAAAGGACUUGUAUUUUAAAAAUCGACAUAUCGAGAACAUACCAUUGCAGUCGUAUAGCAAUGUAGAACCUGAGUUGUUGAUUGGUCUUGACAAUGUGCACCUAGGCAUACCCAGAAAGGUGAAGUCGUCAGGCUGGAAUGGACCAGCUGUGGUAAAGACUAAACUAGGUUGGGUGGUAUAUGGUAAGAUCGAUAACCAUCCUAAUGCUGGUCCGAAUGGAAUGUACGUCAUAAACGAUCGCUCUGACAUAGAGGAACUCGUUCGCAAUUAUAUAGCUGAUGCUGAAAUGGAUGUAAGAGAUGUGAAGAAUCAGCAUCAAGGGCAAGAGCUUGAAAGAUCAAAUAUGCUACUGGAAAAGACAACAAGACGUAUGGACAAUCGUUUUGAGACUGGAUUGUUAUGGAAAACGGACGAUUUCAACAUUCCCGAUAGCAAAGAAAUGGUAAUUAAAAGACAAUUAUCUUUGGAAAAGAAGUUUAACAGGGACCCUGAAUACCGGAAGCAGUAUUGCAAACUGAUGUUGGAAUACGAGCAAAAGGGAUAUAUUCGGUUGAUUCAGGAGUCAGAACAGAACAAAAGCCUGGAUAAGGCAUGGUACCUGCCACACUUUGGAGUCGUCAAUCCACAUAAACCCGGGAAAAUUAGAAUCGUAUUCGAUGCUGCAGCGGAAGUCGACGGUGUGUCGCUGAAUGCACUGCUGAUGAGAGGGCCCGACCAAUGCCAACCAUUAAGUUACGUACUUAUGAAAUUUAGACAAAGGUCCGUAGGUAUUUGCGCAGACAUAGAAGAAAUGUUUCAUCGCGUCUUGAUACGCAAAGAUGACCGAUGGGCUCAACGCAUUCUAUGGAGAAAGGAUGAAACUGAUGAGUUUAAGGCAUAUGAGAUGAUGGUAAUGACGUUUGGAGCGAAAUGCUCACCCGCAUCAGCGCAGUUUGUUAAGAAUAAGAAUGCAUCGGAAUACAAGGACUUGUUUCCACAGGCGGCUGAUGCUAUUGUGAGGAAUCAUUAUGUUGAUGAUUUCGUCCACUCAUAUGGCAACGAAACAGAAGCAAUAAGAGUUACGGAACAGGUGAUACAGAUACACCGAAAGGGGGGAUUUGAGUUGAAGAAAUUUGUAUCUAACUCUAAAGUCUGCAAUGAUAAGUUUGGUGAAGGUAGCAUGGAUGAUGUUCUGAGCCUCGAUAAAGAUGGGGCAUUGUAUAGUCAGAAGGUACUUGAUCAGAGAAAGUACAAGCCAUACGUCGCCCAUCGAGUGAACGAAAUUCUAGAAAGCUCUCGCGUCGAAGAAUGGAAUUGGGUUGCCGGCAAGGACAAUCCAGCGGAUUUUGGCACGAAGAUUAAAAGAGACAGCAGACAGUCACUAUGGGUAACCGGGCCAGAUUUUUUAUUGGAUGAUCUUGAGGAAUCACCACAGCAGAGCAAGGGUAAUUUUAGUACUGACAUGGAGCUGCGCCCAAAAUUCUGUAUGGUCACCACGAAGCAAACGGAUGAUCUCUUUGGAAGAUUCUCAUCGUACACGAGACUCGUACGGAUUCUGGCUUGGGUGCUACGAUUUAGAAGAAAAGAAGUUCGUGAAAAUUACCUGAUAUGCUCAGAGAUAGACUAUGCUGAAGUAGUUCUGUUCAGAAGUGUACAAAAGAGUUCUUAUCCAGAUGAGUAUAGUGAGCUCGCCAGGGGUAAACUCAUUGACAAGGGAAGUAGUCUUCUAAAACUAACACCGGAGAUAGAUAAUGAUGGCUUGUUACGUGUAGGCGGACGCAUAGAUAAAGCUUGUGCCGUUGAUAUGGACACUAGACGCCCAAUAAUUCUGCCACAAGGAAGCCACGUGACGAAACUGCUAAUCACACAUUAUCACAACAAAUGGAAGCAUCAAAAUGAAAAUACGAUCAUCGCUGAAAUACGUACAGCCAACUCCACUCAGACUCCGCAUCCGCAAGAAGAGGAUUAUCACCCUACCAUGAAGGAUUUGCGGAUUAAACAACAGAUGACUCAUUCGUUUUGGCGCAACUCACAGCAUCGAGUUAACUGGCAGAAGGGCAGAAUCAUCGAGGUGACAACCGGACGAGAUGGCCAAGUACGAUCUGCGAAAGUGAAGACCAGCACUGGAGAGUUUCGUCGACCGGCAUGCAUGUUAGCCAAACUGGAUUUUGGUGAAUCUAAGAUGGACUAG